UGAUAACCUGACAGACAAAUAAACUCAGCAGAAAACGGACAUUCACUUUACAGCACACCGUUUUACACGGAUUUCUUUACCGACUUCGUGAAUAUACGCACAAGAAAGUUGUUCAUGGGUUAUCAUCUGAAAAUUUGAAGCACGUUAUUUUGUUGGCCAACAAUCACACGAUGGUGCGUGCGGCUUUCAUAGCCUUGUUAUGCGUGUGUGUGAAUGCAUGCACUGCUCUGAUCUGUCCGGAUGGAGGGAUGUGUGAAGAUGGAAACACCUGCUGUCUAACACCGUCAGGAGGAUACGGCUGCUGCCCACUUCCUCAUGCUGAAUGCUGCUCCGAUCACUUGCACUGCUGUUAUCAGGGAACUCUGUGCGACCUGGAACAUUCCAAGUGUGUGAAUAAGACGCAUGUUUUAGACUGGGUGGAAAAAGUCGAGGCCAAGCUGCAAGCGGUAGUUUGUCCGGAUGGAGAGUCUGAAUGUCCUGAUGACACCACCUGCUGCCAGAUGCCUGAUGGGGGCUGGGGCUGCUGUCCAAUGAAAAAUGCCGUGUGCUGUGAUGAUAGGAAACACUGCUGUCCUCAGGGAACCACAUGUGACCUCGAGCAUUCAAUGUGUGUGUCGGCCACGUAUGGCCCUUCUCCUUUCUUGAGGAAAUUUGCUGCCCGUCGCAGGAAGCCAUUCGAGAAAAACGCAGUCGAUUUGCCUGCAGAGGUCAACAAUAUUAGAGAAGUGAUCUGUCCAGAUAAGAUUUCCAAAUGUCCAGAAGAUACAACAUGCUGUUUACUAGAAACCGGUGGUUAUGGGUGCUGUCCAAUGCCAAAGGCUGUGUGUUGUUCUGAUCAAAAGCACUGCUGUCCAGAGGGCACGACCUGUGACCUCAUCCAUAGUACGUGUUUGUCAGCCAAUGGAGUCUCAGAAAUGGUCACUAAGAUCCCAGCUGUCGCUGUCCUGAAACUUAAAGAAGAAGUAGUUCCCUGUAAUGAAACUGUGGCGUGUUCUAGCGGCACCACCUGCUGUAAAACACAAGAAGGCUCUUGGGCUUGCUGUCCUUUACCAAAGGCCGUGUGUUGUGAGGAUCACAUUCACUGUUGUCCAGAAGGAACAGUGUGUAAUGUUGCUGCCAGCUCCUGUGAUGACCCCACAGCGCUCUCCGUGUCUGUGCCCUGGAUGGAGAAGGUGCCAACCAAACCCAUCGCCCCGCCUCCUAAUAAGAGAUGUGAUGAAAGCUCAUCCUGUCCUGGAGAAUCCACCUGCUGCAAACUCUCAUCUGGAGACUGGGGCUGCUGCCCACUGCCUGAAGCAGUGUGUUGUGAGGACCUUGUCCACUGUUGUCCCCAUGGCUCAGUGUGUAAUGUGGCUGCUGAAACCUGUGAUGGUGUCAGUGAUUCGGGUCGGCGUUUUUCUGUGCCAUUGGUGAAGAAGAUCCCUGCAGUGUCUCUGCCAUCACAGAACCAUAACUGUGAUGAGACGUCUCUGUGUCCAACCGGGACCACCUGUUGUAAACGGACCUCCGGCUCCUGGGCCUGCUGUCCAAUGCCACAGGCCGUGUGCUGUGCGGAUCAGGAGCACUGUUGUCCACAGGGAUACAAGUGUGAUUUGGCUCAGAGUAGCUGUGUGCGUUCUGGCCUUCCCAGCAUGCCAUGGUUCAGCAAGGAGCCUGCGCUGAGAGAAACCCAGCGGGCCGAGGACAGACACAUGUGUGACGCUCAGACCAGCUGCCCCAGAGACGACACCUGCUGCUUCAUCAACCGCAUCGGCAAGUGGGGCUGCUGUCCACUGCCAAAGGCGGUGUGCUGUAAGGAUGGAGAUCACUGCUGUCCUAGUGGCUACACUUGUAAUGAGGAGAAAACCUCUUGUACCAAAGGCCUUCAUCAGAUCCCCUGGUUCACGAAAAAACCGGCCAGAGUCUGGAAGAAUUCAGACGAGCUCCUCGGACAUGAAGAUGUGAAGUGUGACUCCAGCACCAGCUGCGCGUCUGGCUCCACCUGCUGUAUUCUACCCACAGGACAGUGGGGAUGCUGCCCUCUAGUCAAGGCCAUGUGCUGUGACGAUCGUGAGCACUGCUGUCCGCAUGGCUACAUCUGUAAUCUGGAGUUCGGGACGUGUGUGAAAGCGUCUGUUGAUCUCAGUGUUUCCCUGACUGCAGUUCAGACACCGGAGAUUCAGUGCGACGCCUCCACUCGCUGCGCACCCACGCAGAGCUGCUGCAGAUUAGCAGACUCCACAUGGGCCUGCUGUCCUUAUACACAGGCCGUGUGCUGUAAAGACAUGAAACACUGCUGCCCAAUGGGAUACAAAUGUGACCCAAACGUCCAAGGUUGCACUAAAUCAUCCUCAUCCACGUGGUGGAAUAAUUCUCUCUAACUGAAAAAAAAAAUUGACUGACACUGAACCACUAUCCAUCCAUAAAAAUAUCACACACACAUACACACACACACACAUACAAGCACAAAGCAUAGUUAUUUUCUGAUGCCUGCUUUGGAAAAAGGACUGUGCAUCAUUUUUCUCUUUGUAAUAUUUAGUUUUUACUGAAAUAUAAAUUAUAGCAGGCUUUAUGAUUAAGCAGGACACACACUGAGAGACUUCAAUGAAACUGACUACAAAGCAAGAGCACAUUGUUCAGUGUUAAUACACAUAUUAAAAGCUGCAAGUUUUCCAGUUAUCCAGAGUGAAUGUAGAAGUGAUUUUAGCAAUAUUGUAGUUCCCGGUCCCCUAAGACAUUUAGAAAUGAUCCUUAAAGGGUAAAUGACUAAGGUAAUGACAUCUGGAGUCAGUCGUGUGUUAGUAAGAUGAUGAUUUUCAUGUAUUUGUAUUUAUGAUGCUGAUUAAAACAGAGUGAACCAAUGAUCUAAGAGUAAAUAAUACCAUAUCUGACUGCUGAUUUUAAAAUGAAAGCAGUAAAUCUACAACCCAAUGCAUCAAACACAAAAGCAGCUUCCAGGUCAAAUGUGUUCCAUAAUUGUAGCUCUGACAGGAAUGAACGUUUUACGAACAUUUAAUUCUGUAUUUGACUUAAAGAGACAAUUCAAUCAAAAAUGAAAUAAAUCCUUAUUUACUCACA